GCCUAUUUUAAGGGGGCCGGAAAACCUGCUACCCCACUAGUGGGGCUGGACCUGCGCAGGGCAAGGACCAUGAAGAUCCUCUUGCUGGUGGCCUCCCUCCUGCAGCUCGCCUUCUCCCUGAGAAUUGGCGCUUUCAACAUCAGGGCCUUUGGGGACAAAAAGCUCUCCAACCAGACCAUCUCCAGCUUCAUUGUCCGAAUACUGACCACUUACGACCUCACCCUCAUCCAGGAAGUCCGAGAUGCUGACCUGAGCGCCGUCAAGAAGCUGAUGAACCAGGUCAAUUGGGCAUCCCCGGAUCCCUACAGCUACCUGGUCAGCAAGCCUCUGGGCCGCAACAGCUACAAGGAGCGGUACCUCUUCAUUUACAGGCAGGACAGGGUCUCCCCGGUGGAGAGCUACUAUUACAACGAUGGCUGUGAGCCCUGUGGCAACGAUACCUUCAGCAGGGAGCCCUUCGUUGUCAGAUUUGCUGCCCCUCAGACAGCGGUGAAAGAGCUGAUCCUCGUGCCCCUGCAUGCGGCUCCUGAACGUGCGGUGACUGAGAUCGACGCUCUCUUUGACGUCUACCUGGCGGUGAAAGCCAAGUUGGGGGCCACGGAUGCCCUCUUCCUGGGAGACUUCAAUGCCGGCUGCAGCUAUGUCCAGACUGAGGACUGGCCCUCCAUCCGCCUGCGCACCAGCAAGGACUUCCAGUGGCUCAUUCCGGACACGGCAGACACCACGGUGACAAACACGGCCUGUGCCUAUGACAGGAUUGUGGCAGCGGGCACCAAGCUGAAAGGGAGCAUCCUGCCUGGAACGGCCAAGGUGGACAACUUCCAGAAGACCUUCGGCUUGAGCUCCAAGGAUGCCUUGGCUGUGAGCGACCAUUUUCCAGUGGAGGUGACACUGAAAUCUGCCUAGGGCCCCCUCAGGCCCCAGGAGUGCCACAUAAAGCUUCCAGCUCCACCCCAGCCGGCUCAGGGGCGCUGCUCUGAUUCCCACUGGGCCCCAACAUAGACACAGGAGGCUGGCAAAACCUCAGCAGGUCCCCUUUCUGACCAAGCAGAAGCCGUCUCUUCAGUGUCUUGAAGUAAUAAAAGAUCAACCGCA